AGCCCCUGCCCUGCGCCUUGUCCUCUCUGUCCCCACGUGUUUUCGCCUGCGCUCAGAACCCCGGGUCUUCUCGGUGCCCAGCCGGCCCAGGCCUGGCCCUUCUCCCAGCAUCUUCAGCCGCCCGCCACUUGCCCCUCCCAUAACUCGUGGUGGGUGGGUUCCUGCUCUAGUGGAGGUGAUUUGGGAUUUCUCAUGGCGAAUUGUUGCUGAGGAGAGAUCCAUUUGUUGUGAUGUAAUAAAAGAAUGAAUCAAAAUAAAACCUCUAAAUGCAAGUAACCAGAAAAAUUACAACACAUCUCAGUGAAUUUGCAAGUGGUUCAUCUUUCCUUGUGGGUUGGCAGGCAGUCGUAGGACUGCAAAAUGGGUCUCCGGAUUCACUUUGUUGUUGACCCACAUGGUUGGUGCUGCAUGGGUUUGAUUGUCUUUGUGUGGUUAUACAAUUUUUUUUUAAUUCCCAAAAUUGUCCUCUUUCCUCACUAUGAAGAAGGACAUAUUCCAGGCAUACUGAUAAUAAUAUUCUAUGGCAUUGCCAUAUUUUGUCUGGUCGCCUUAGUGAGGGCCUCAAUCACCGAUCCAGGAAGACUCCCUGAGAACCCAAAGAUCCCACAUGGAGAAAGGGAGUUCUGGGAAUUGUGUAACAAGUGUAAUUUGAUGAGACCAAAGCGUUCCCAUCACUGCAGCCGCUGUGGCCACUGUGUAAGGAGAAUGGAUCAUCACUGUCCAUGGAUUAACAAUUGUGUUGGUGAAGAUAAUCAUUGGCUUUUUCUGCAGUUGUGUUUCUACACUGAACUUCUUACUUGCUACGCACUGAUGUUUUCUUUCUGCCACUAUUAUUACUUUCUUCCACUAAAAAAGCGUAACUUGGACCUCUUCGUUGUUAGACAUGAAUUGGCCAUAAUGAGACUAGCUGCCUUUAUGGGCAUUACAAUGUUAGUUGGAAUAACUGGACUCUUCUAUACACAACUAAUUGGCAUCAUCACAGAUACUACAUCUAUUGAAAAGAUGUCAAACUGCUGUGAAGAAAUAUCCAGGCCCCGAAAGCCAUGGCAGCAGACCUUCUCAGAAGUUUUUGGCACUCGUUGGAAGAUCCUGUGGUUUAUUCCUUUCAGGCAGAGGCAACCACUGCGAGUUCCCUACCACUUUGCCAAUCACGUCUAAACAGAUGGAUGGUGGGCACAGAUGGGUCCUCCAUGCUGGAAAUGCGUUACAGGUUUUCUGAUAAUAGAACUAUGACAGUCUUCAAGUCAAUUAAAAUCCACCCACCAAUCUUAGGCAUCAUAAUGUGCCCCAGGCUUUAUUUUAAUAGUGAUCUUGAUCCUGUUGUGGGACUAAUACAAGAUCUAUAUUUAAGUUUUAAAGCAUGUUUACUUUCAAAUUAGCUUUCCACAGGGAUUUCUUUAAAUGCUUUUGUUAUUAAAUUCAAAAGCAGUGAUGGGGAUGAAAUAAUGGUACAUAAUUUCUUUUAGUACUGACAAUGUUACAGAUUUUAAUUUAUAGGAAAUUUCGUAUGUUUAUUUGAAUUUUUCACUCUUAAGUAGUACUAACCAAAUCUGAAUUUAGUUCUUCAGGUUUUACAAAAGUUGAUACGCCUCAUAUGCAGAUUUUCUUUUUCAAAUACAGUUUAAAAUAUGUAAUACUUCCUUUUAUAUGUGCUGCAAGAUUUUUUAAAAUGCAGCAUAUAGGAAUGAACAACAACAAAAAAAUAAAAAUAGCAACAAAGUACAGUGUUUUCUUAGAAAUAGUUUUCUAAUGUUUUUUUCCUUCACCAAAAUUAAAAUAAAAACACUAUCAAACACCUACCUUUAUUUUAAAGUAAAGAUUAUUUUUUCCACAUUAACUUUUCCAUUUCUUUUCCCUGUACUCUUAUAAUUAUCGAUUGUUAAAAUAUUUGCUCCAAGGAGAAAUUUUUGACCAAGCAGGCAUGUAUUCCUAUUUUACCCUAAGAUUUUGUUGAGCAAAAAGGGUAAAGAAUUUGCAAUAAUUCCACAGACACUUUUUCUAGUGUAGCUAUAUUAGAAUGCAUAUGUUUUUAAAAUACUAGUAUAACUAGAUAAUAUAUAUAUAAUGUACAGUAUAAAGAGAAAUAUUGUGCUUUUGGAAAAAUAUGUAUACUUUCUACUUUUGUUUACCUACUAAUAGAUCUGAAAUUAUACCUUAAAGGUUUUUAUGUAAUAGAUAUUGGCCAACUAAUACUGAAAUUUUGUUUAUAGGAAGUUACUAAUAAAAGUAACUUUUAUGUACCUGUGAUCACCCAAAUUGAAAUUAAAUUUUAAUUGGCCAGCUAUAAUUUGGAUUGAGAGACCUUUUAUUAGUAGUUAAUGUUAGGAAAUGACCUUAAAAUAAGAAAAGAAUAACGAUGAUCUAUAUUCAUUAUUAGCCUUAUACAAAUUUAAAUUGCUAAUAGUGAUGGUCUCUUGAAAGCAUAGAACAUUGGUAUGAAAAAAUAUUUAGUAUGCUUUGAAAAAAAUUCAGUUUAAACCUUUUUCCAUUAGAAUACUGCAAAAUCCAUAUAUCUUUUUUUUUAAAACAUCGUGUGCUUACUGUCUUUCCCUUCAAGAAAAGAUUGAAGUGGUCCAGGGUUCUCGGAGCAUGUCAAUAUUUUCUUUUUAGUUAAUUUUGGUAGUAAGGAGUCAUACCUGAGAAAUCAUGAAACAGAAGGUUACCUUUGUCAGCUAGUUAACUAUGUGCUGUGAUUAGCUUUCGGAAAUUAUAAAUAUCUCCUAAAAUAAUAGAAUAAGCUCUUCUCAGAGAUAUAAGUACCAUGUCUUUCAUGUUCUGAUUACAAUGCUUUAUUAUUUAAAAACCUAAAAGUGGAAGAUGAAAAUAUUUAUUGGUGCUAAGAUGCAUAGUAAAUAUAAUAUAAGAAAUAUACUUAUAGAGCUUAAUGAACCACAAAAUUAGUAUGUUCAUCCCAGGUGAAUGGGUUGGGUUUUGUGCAAGAUAACAUACUGACCAAAUUUGGCCUGGUGACAGAGCUGUUUAUGUAUUGAUAAUGUAGAUAGAUGUCAGUUGAAUGCCUUAUGCUGUAUACAUUCCUUUCAAAUGAAGACCUUGAGAGAAUAGCAAAACCAAGUGGAGCCCCCCUCAAGAGCUUUAUGGAUGUAUUUAUACUUCAUUUAGGAGCAGUAGCUACCUUGAAAGGUACCAGAGGGAUACUCAGUGCCAACCUCUGCCUCAGUGUUGAGAACCAGAGGUGGUCUCUUUCCCACUCUGAGGGUUUCUGGUUUCCUUAGAUAUCCUACUUAUAAAGUAUAUUCUCCCCCCUUCUUUCGCUUUACUCUCCCUGGUCCUGAUCCCUCUAUUCCUGAUUCCUCUAAGUUACUAUAAUACGAAUUAAUACACUAGGCAAGGUAUAUAUUUAUUUUUUCUUGAAUGGCAGAAGUGCUCUAUAUUAAUAUAUUUAUAUACGAAUCUAUAUUAAAGUACAUCUAUAUAUACUUAGGCUGUAACUUUCAGUAUUUCCAAGUUAGCACACCUGACUGGGUUUUGUAAUUCUUGUUAGACAACGUGAAAGAAACCAACUGGAAGUCUCCUGGGGAGUGCAUAAACUCUGGUGUUCUCUCUGCGCCCUCUUUUGGCUAGUUGCUGUAAUUAUACUGGCUCUAGAGAUUUAUUGCCCCACCGGUGAAUUGGAUAGCCCAAUUCUGAACAUUUCAGAGGUAUAAACUUAAGGGAAGUGUAUGUACAAAAAUGUAGGAUGUUAUGAAAACGAGUGUGUUCCUCUUUAUGAUUUUAGUGUCUAGUUCAUACAAAUGUGACAGCUUUGCUUCAUUUGUGUACAUUCGUAUAUUUUUACCAUCAAUUACAAAUUAUAUCAGACCAGAAUAAAUAAAUAUAGACCAUUUCAUUAACCUUAAUUUGAACCUUAUUUUGGCAAAUUAAGUCCUUGGAACUAAAAAAACCAUUACCUUAAAAUCAUCAAUUUAUUACCAAACAGAAAUUUAUUGUAGUCGCAAUGAAAGCAAGUAUCUAAUAUGUUUUACUGAAUAUCUGAAAAAAAAUACAUUUAGUUUUUUAAAUCCCAGUUUUGGAAUUUUUUUUAAAUUGAUCCAAUUACAUUAAAAUAAUUAGAGAUUAAUCAUUCUUUCUAUACUUUUCAUUCUUUUUAACUUUCUUACUCUGAGUUAAAGCAGUUGCUUUAGUAGACAAUUUAUUAUGUAUUCUAGAUAACCAUUAAACUAACGAUGUUGAGCAUUAGAAAAUAAUUAUGAGGAAUUCCCAUUGUGGUGCAGUGGAAACGAAUCCGACUAGGAAGCAUGAGGUUUCGGGUUCAAUCCCUGUCCUCCUUCAGUGGUUUAAGGAUCUGGUGUUGCCGUGAGCUGUGGUGUAGGUCACAGAAGUGGCUCAGAUCCUUCAUUGCUGUGGCCGUGGCACAGGCCAGCAGCUGUAGCUCCAGUUAGAUAGACCCCUAGCCUGGGAACCUCCGUAUGUCACAGGUGUGGCCCUAAAAAGCAAAAGAAAAUAAUUAUGAGCAGUGAGAUUACUAAUGUAAUCUGUAUAUUGGAUGAAGUAUUUCCUUAUAAACAUUCCAUUUCAUUUUAAGCAGAAUGUGUGUUCAAGAAUAUUUUACAUCAGCGAAGUGAUUAAUUGGACUUCUGGAAACGAAAGAUUUUUAAGUAGUUAUUGUAAGUCAGUACAUUUUAAUAAUGAUAUUUGUUGCUGUUUUCUGCAAAAAUGUUCAUGAGCUCAAAACUGUAGGCAAAAAUUGAGUUUAGAAUUUUAAAAAUAUUAACCAAUGUUCCAUUGUAAGAAAAAUACUACUUUAAGAGUCGCAUUAAAAAUAUUUGUGGUUAUCAUGAGAGAUAGGUAUAUUUAAAAUAUUAAUAUGUUAUUCACUUUUAACAGAAGAAAGCAUGGUUUAAUUUUAAGUAAUAGAAGUAGAGAACAUAAGCAUAGAUAAAGUUUAGUGUAACAGCUAAGUUAAAACUUCUGUCAGAAUAAACAUCAGUGAAUGUUUGCUAAUGCUUAGAGGUAAUUUUCUGUAAGGAUGGUGGCUAGUUAUAAUAGCUAUUCUUCAUCAGGCAUUUUCAUGUCGCUUUAGUACAGAUAAUUAGGUGAAGGUAUGUUUCACCCAAAAGGAUGUAUUAAUUCUGAAUGCUAAUCCUGAAGACUUGAGUUAGGACAACACCUUCACCCAGGAAGUAGAAAGUAAUUUAAAUUAUAAAUUAUAACCAUGUAAAUUUCUGUGUGUUCGAUAAUAGAGCCGUUUGAAUGUGCUUACAUCUGUCGCUAUAAAAUCACAGGUAUCCAGCUCUGGUUUACAAUGGCAUUAAUAUUAACAGAGCUGCUAGUCUCUCCCUGGACUUUUCUCUAGUCUCUCCCUUGUGCUUCAUGUAUGAAUAAACUACUUAGCUCAAGUUUACUGAACUAUUGCUGCUUCAUCAAAUAAGUUUGUGACAUGACCUCUAAUAUAUGUGAUAUUGCUAGAAUUUAUUUGGUAAAAUUUACAUUUAUGAACAUUAAAUAAUUUAUUGAUAGAUAUUAAGUAUUAGAUUUUCUCCCCAAUUCUACUGCUAUUGCUUUUAAAAAUACAAGUGUCGGCAAAUGUAGUUAGUAAGUCAUAAUGUUUAGUAUGUUCUACUUGCUCGUGUUGUUAACCAUAUAAUUAACGAAUGAAUGAGUGUGUUAUUUAAUGUCCACAUUUGCUACUUUCAAUCCUAAGAGUCCGCUGAACCUAGCCAUUCUCAGUGGAAUUCUAGAAUAUUCUUCAGUAGAAUGUUAGAAAGUAAUAGAACCAGCUUGCUUGAAGUAUUUUGAACCAGUGUUGUUAUUCUGUAUAUCAGUCAAUAUUUAGUGUUUCUGCCGCCUGUGGGAUGAUGACGGUUUAACUUUAGGAAGUUGUUUUCUCUGAUGUCUCCUUUCAUUAUCAUUGUGCAAUUUUUAACAACAAAAUUUACCACAUUUUUGUGUGUUCUUCAGAUGUUGUAUUACUGCCUGCUAGUGCUAAUUUGAAACAAAUAAUAAUGGUAUUUAAAAUUCUUAUGUCAUUGGUAUUACCAGUAUUUUCCAUUAGCAUUAUAUUUUUUAUUAUUGUUAUUUUUCUUUUUCAUUUGUCAGCCAUAGAGGACAGGCACUAAUGAGCAGUGAGUAGCCAAAACUGAAUACAGAGAGUAGAAGAACUUAUUAAGAUAGAGAGAAGGCUAGACAGAACAUGUAUAAUAAGCAUCUCAGCAGCUGGGUUUACUGGAUACAGUGUCUGUGACAUCAGAGAAUUCCUGCUACAAUCAUUUUAGCCUUAUCUCUUGUUGAUACUGUUUUACUGUAAGAGUUGUUAAUGCAUGUAAGCAUUUAGUUUGAGUUAUUUCAUCUAAGGAACUUACUUUGCUGAUUCUCUUCAGCUCUUCAGAUGCCUUUGGGAAAUUAUUUUGCAUUUUAAAUAUCGUAAUUGCGUAGUGUAUGCAAACAUGAAGUGUCAAGAAUUAUGUCAAAGUGCAGCUAUUUAAUGCCAAGGAGAAAUGAAUAGGUUGCCCAAAAUUUGAUUGACAAACCUAGGACCUUUCCUAAUGCAGAGAAAGGAUACUAAAUGUUACAGUAAAACUGUCAAUAGAGGAAGUGAUUUUCAUAUUAAAAUUUGGACUGUUUUGGAGUUUUUGAUAUCUGGAAGGUCUCCAUAGCUAUUGGUGUUUUGAAUCCCUGUAACAUAUAAUGUGGUACCACACUUGUUCAGUACGCUGGUCUUUUUGGUAUUAAUAGCUUUAUAUAUAACCAGAGAUGUGGACACAACAGCAGCAACAAAAGGUAUAUUUCUUUUUAUGCCUCUGCUUGCCUGUUUUAAGCACAGGGUUUAACUGCAUAGCCUCUUAACUAAAGAGAAAGCUUGUCUGCAUAAGCUCUGUGUUCUUGCCAAUGUGUGUUGGGUGAUAUUUGAACUACUGGUGCCUGAAGUUAGUAUUUUACAACCUCAACAACUAAAACAUCCCGGUGCUACUCACUUUAGCAUUGAGUGACAUAUUUAAUUCCUGUACCAAAGAGUUAAUUUUCUUUUUGGUUCACUGAGAGUUUUCUUCUCACAUCCUUAUGUUUAUAAAGUAGAAUUAAAUGCUACUAAGAACAAUUUUGAUUAACAGUUAUUGCACACUGCUAAUUCAAUUUAGUUGGCUUUAAAUGUCUCUAGUUUGGACUUUUUUUGAGUUAGGAAGAUAAGUGUGGUCUUUUUUGGUAUGGAUUAACUACUUUAAAAAGUAAUUUAAUAGGUUGAAUUUCCAAAAAAUAACUGAAACACUUUACACAAGAUUUUUUUUUUGAUUUUUUUCUCCAGUAAUAAAUAAGAAAUAAUAGGAACUCUAUUUUUAUUUCUACAAAUGAACUUUAUAGCUUAUUGGGCCCUUUUAAUAAAUUCUUGAACAAAAGCUAGAAGGUAAAGUUAGGGCCCAUUCUGACUACAAAUGAAGAAUUCUGCCUCUGCAUAUGUGUGUGUGUGUGAGAGAGAGAGAGAUUGUUAGUGGUAUUAAAGAAUGAUUUGCCAUUUGACUAUUUUGCAAAUAAAGAUGAAGUUAAAUAACACUUUAAAAAGUAUACAUGUAACGCGUGCGCACACACACACUUGCCCACGAGGAAUUGCAAAACAUUGAUUUAAACAAAACUAGUAGCAAAUUGAACUUCUCUCUCACACAAACACACACACAAGCCUGGAUAUUGUUACUCACUUUAUAUACAUUAGAGUUAAGAGUAUUUUAAAAAUUAAUUCUGCUUGUGAUUCAUUUUAAACUAAUGGGAGAAAAAUCCUUUAGAACUAAUUGUAAUUGUCCAAAAGUAAUACUGCUACACGUGCUAACCUGGUUCCCUAAUUUUCCCCCUCAGACUUUUAAAACACGCCUUUAGUUUCUUUAAAAAAAGCCUGCAGCUGAAAUGAUUAAAAAUUCUGGCCAGAAGGUGAUAGUGUGUAUGCAUUGGAAAAGUAGACAAUCACAUGUAAGAAUGUUUUGCAUUAUUUUCAAUCAACUAAAGUCAAUCUAUCUUUGAAUAUAACUACAAUAUAUGGUUUUGCAGUGAAUUCUGAAUGGAUAAAAAAAUCAAGACUGAACCUCAUGUGAAAUAUGACAGGAUCAUUUGAAUGAUAUCUAGAAAUACAGAUGUACAUAUUUUUAGGGAUAAAAGAAAAUUUGAAAGCAAAAUGGAAAGAAACAACAUUGUCUCUAAUUGUUAAACAUAUACUUUCUAGAUUUUGUUGCCAAAAUAUCAGUUCUGAGUUUUUCAACUUGUCUAUGUGUUGUUUAAAUUAAUGUGGCUGAGUGCAAUUAUUUGUUCAAGUUAAUGGGUACUAAAAAGUUCACAGCUAUCCUCUGUUCUCUAGACAUGAAUUUUAAAAAUUUUCUACUUUAGCGUAGGUACAAUAAAGCAACUAAAUGAUAAAAAAAGAAUAUUCUCCACAAUUGGAGAAAUUCAGACAAGUGAUUUGCAAGUCCUAACUGAGGGAAUAGAACAGGCUGUUGGGAGGACUGAGCGUACAUGAUCCUGCUUCUGUAAGCUUUAUGUCCCUGCAUUAGUCUUUUUAAAUGUCACUGGCCAAGAUUAAUGAAUAGGCAAAAUUUGUGAUAUUUCAAGGCUCCUAAAAUUUUGUGUCAACCUCACGUGUCUAAUAUUAUAUCCCUAAAAUAAAAGACUUUUAUUUCCAUAGCGGUAUGUUCCAAGUACCAUGUGAAGAUCCUGUACUUAAAUUCAGGCAUUUUUUUCACUCAGUGGGUAUGUUUAAAUGUGAGUGCUGUUUUGCUGCAUGUCUGCUAUUUUACCUUGUCAGUUCCUCUAAGAGCAUUUAAGGAAAAAUCUUCACUAACAUUUCUAGUGCUAAAAGAAAUAAGGAAAAUAGUAGUUGAGAGGUAUGACAAUAGAUAGAGAAGGAAGUGGGAGCCAUGUAUCUGAGAUUUGCUAGUUUAAAUGAAAAGUCUACACUGGUUCUUAAAAAUGAAGAACAAACCAUGUAUCUACCUUAAGAACAAUGUUUUAUUUUGUUUUUAAUUUAUUUUAAUGUUUCAGUUUUAUUCAUGUAAUAUUUCUAUAUUUCUUUACAGAUUGUUUUUAAUUUAAAUUGUGGGAUUUUUUUACUUCUCCUGAAAUGUAUUAUGUACUGUAUUUUUAGAAAUCUUAUUUUUAAAUAAAUAUUUUUUAAAAACAUAGGA